AUGGGGUCUUCGUUAGUCAAAGCAGCUAUUGAUAGAACAAUAUCAUUCUUCUCAAAUCCGGCUUUGUAUUUAUCAGCGGUUGAAAAUUUUAUUGGUGAUUUUAUGUCAUGUCUUCCCUCCACAGAUGAAACGAAUUCUCCUCAAAUAUCCAUCGAUAAGAAAGUUUUAAUUGAAGAUAUGCUGAAACGAACCCGUAUUGAAGUCGAUUUUGAAACUAUUAAUAGAGCUUCUUUUAUGGAAUCAAUACCAUCACGUUAUCGCAAUGAAGAAACUAUGCUGACUGGUACAAUUAUUAUCGUCUUCUGUUUAUUUUAUCAAUAA